AUGGCGUCGACCAACAGAUCCGUCACGGGUCUUCUUCGAAACCUAUCACUCGCUUCAUCGUCAGCGUCCACCUCGACACAGCAGCUCCGCGCUUCUUCGAUAAGCGCAAGAUGCUUUUCUUCGUCGCGGGCGAACAAGGUUGAUUCGGCCUCUUCCUCGAAUCGCUCUGUCCAGCCCUCGACUUCAUCCUCUGCUUCCUCGUCCAAGGCACCCUCCACUUCCUCCUCGAAGAAGCCGAUCAAGACCAUCCCAGUCUCAUCGCCUCUGCUCGACAAGCCUAUGCCCAUCGACUUCCCAUCCAGCACGCUUAGAAGCUUCCCAUCGCUGCUUCACUUUGCCGAUCCUGUGCUCGACGCUCACCCGGACAACGUGAUCCGAUCCAAACCCACCACUACCACACCUUAUCCGUCGACCGUCACCUUCCUCAACGAGCCGCGCAUGUUUGAGCCCACUCCACCUUCGGCCGACUCGCUCGUCCUCUCAUCCGGAUCUGACGCCGACGAGGUCAACUCGGAGCAGUACUUGUCCACCGUCACCCCACUCAGCGUCAAAGAGGUGCGCGACCUGCACCGUCACGCUAUCGCGCUCAAGCGCGUCGUGCACAUGACCACCAAGGGCAAGGAUGCGAGCAUGUACGCGCUCGUCAUUGCGGGCAACGGCAACGGUCUCGUUGGUUACGGCGAAGGCAAGGACACCAACGCCUCGAAAGCAGGCCGCAAAGCUUUCCAUGAAGCCGUCAAGGGUCUGGACAGCGUUAGCAUUCACAAGGGCAGCGACGGCUCGCGCACCAUCGAGACGCAGGUCGAAGCUAAGUGGGGUGCAAGCACCGUCGUGAUGCGCCCUCGCCCGGCUGGCUUCGGGCUGCGUGUACCGCCUGUCAUUCACGCAAUUUGCCGCUCGGUCGGCAUCACGGAUUUGAGCGCCUCAAUCUAUGGCUCGUCCAACCCGGUCAACGUGGUCAAGGCAGCGCUGCAGAUUUUGUGGGGAGGUGCGGCUCCGUUGGGCAUGGGCGAUGGUAUUGGUGGCAAGAUGCGAAGGAAGGACAAGGGACGCGGCAUGCGCGGUCGAAUUGACAUCGAACGCAGCCGUGGUCGUCGUAUCGCCGAGGUCAACAUGUCCAAGUAG